AUGUUUGAAGUCAUCGAUCGCGAUCCGGAUGGAAAGAAAUUCGAUCGCGUGUCGAGGUACAAGUGCCGAAGCGAAUUCGACGCAGAGCUCACGAUCGACGUCAACGUCGACGUGUACCCGUUGACGGUCGGACAGAGAUUCUCCCUGGCGCUCGCGCCGACGCUGUCGCUGGAUGGAACUCCGGAAGACGACGCGUUCGAUCAGAGCGGGAAGCCGUCGCUGGCGGAUGGGUACGAGUACGUGAUGUACGGGAAGUGUUACAAAAAGGUCGACGAAAACGCGGGAGGAUUGACUCGCGCGAGCGCGUACAUCUCCUUCGGUGGAUUAUUGAUGAACUUGAAGGCCGAUCCGAAGAAUUUGCAGGAGAUUGAGAUCGAUGAUAGGAUUUAUCUGUUGAUGCGCGCGGUGUAG